CGAAACUCUCUUUUCCUCCCUUACUAAAACCCCUUCUUCUACCAAAAAGGAAAUAAACACAACCCUUCUUCUUCUUCCUUUCAGAUAUAUUAUUCGCCUGUUCCUACGGUGAAUUCGCCCGCUCGGAACAUCUCCUCGACUGGAGCUUUAAAGAUCGGACUUCAGAGCCACGAUGACACAGCGGCUUCUCGUGGCGAUGGUGAGAAUUGACGGCGGUCGAUACCGGCGACGAUGAUGAUAGCGAUGUACGUCGGCGAAAAUGAUGACAACGGAGGCGAAGCGAGGGGAUGAGGAAAUGAUCGCCGACUUGGAUCUAGACGGCGUGAAAGGCACGAAGACGGAGAUUGAAUUUUUGCUCGAUUUUCGGUGGGUUUGUUUUUUAUUCGUUUCAAAUAUGGAUUCUGUUAAGUGGGAAGCAUCGUACAGAAGUUCAAGAUCUAUUAAACGAUCCAUAUGUGGAGUCUGGAAUGGUACUUUGAAAAUAAAAAACACAACCCAAAUCGGACCCUUCAAUGACCUGUUUUUGGAGCCCGUAAUUGAGGUUUGGAAAACAAAACGCUUAUUAUUUAUUUUGAAAUGACAAUAACGACAGCCCUUUAUUAGUUCCACUAAUGUCAAUGGAUCACAAUUAAUUGCGUUUGUUGACACCCGUGGGCCUGCCGCAGCUGUCUGGACCCAUUGUGGUUUGAAGUUCCAUAAAUUAGGCCCAGUAAAUGACGGCAGCGGAAGGGAGGAUUGAUGGAGAAAAUCAGAG